AUGAUUACAAAACUUUUGAGAUAGUUAGUAGUAGUGAUAGCAAGAAUUAUGGUUACGAUAAAAAUUUUAAUUUAGAUGCUGAAAACUUUCUCCAAGACAAAGAAUUCCAAGAAUUAAAAGAAACAAUAGUUGGAAGCCUAUUCCAAUUUACUUUCGAUGGAGAACUAGUUAAACAAGAAGAAAGUGGGGCUUUCUUGGGUGUAGAAGAAGGAAAAAGUUAUAAAUGGAAAAAACUAACCUCCAGUGUGCCAACCCAAAGUGAACAUUUAAUUAAAGGUGACCCAAACUUGUCGCACGAGAAAAUUAGUGCUAAAAUCAGGAAGUUGAAUCCGGAUGCUCUGCCCGAAGGUACUGAGUGGAAAGAAAGAAUAGAACCUACUGACCUCUUUAUUACUGAUAUUAGCCAACUACUCGAAUAUGUUAGACUUUGUGCCGAAGCCAUUAUGAGUUUGAAAGAAGAAAUAGAUGACGAGGAAAGAUUCGAUUUAGAAAAAAGAAUUAAAGGAAGAUCUCUAGAUCUUUUAGAGGUGUUAAAAACUAGCCUUCAUUUAGAAGAUGGCAAGAUUAACGAGAAGUUGGAUAAAUUAAAAACCCACCAAGAAAAAGAAAAUGACAAUUUAAAAGCAGCCAAGAAAUAUGUGCUAAGCGAAUUAGAAGAAUUAAAAUAUUUUCUUUGUGAUGACGAAACUUUGAAUAAGGAGGCAAACAAAAUUAAAGAAGACAUUCAAUUAGUUGAAUAUUUUGCUAUUAUUAGUAAAGCCAUUAGAAAUAUAAGGAAUGAUGUAAACUUAUCCAAGGUUUCUGGAACAGUCGAACUCCUUUUGCUUAAUAUGCUAAACUCUUCUAAUGCUGAUGAUGAAAUGUUGGAGGCAGAAAUCAGUCGCUUGUCCCCAGAUGCUCUGACCGACAAUGCUACCAUUGAAAGCUUGGCAAAAAAACUCGCUAUAAAUGAUUUAAAGAGGUUGAAAGAUUAUAAAGGUUGUUUAAAGGAUGAUGAACUCAACAAGGCGGUGAACGAG